AUGUUUAUAAAAGCCAGAAUACCCUUAGGGUUAAGGGUUUCAAAAAAUAUAUAUCAAAGGAAUCAAGUUAGACAUUUUUCCGUUGAUCCUCAUGCUAUUAUUUCUACGUUGACAGAUUCAUUACAGAGUGUACAUGCCUAUUCUGGCAUCCCAUGGUGGGCUUUGAUACCUAUUACUACAUUUGCUCUAAGGUCGGUUUGGACUUUGCCAUUAGCUAUUAUUCAGAGAAAGCGUAUCCAGAAACAGACUGAGUUGAGACCAAUAGUAAGUGCCAUGAAUCCGGUGUUGAAAUUGAAUCUUGCAAAGAAGGUGCAGUCAGCUAAGCGAAAAGCAGAAAAAUCAUUCGAGAGUAUCCAAGGAUCAAGUAAAGGAGAUCAGAGUAUAGAGAAUGUAGUAAAUUUACAAUCUCCUGUAGCAACAAUGAAAUAUGAAGAAAUACUUUUGCUUGCAACUAAAGAGACUAGAAAAAGACAAAAAGCGUUAUUCAAGAAGCACAAUGUCCAAUUAUAUAAAAACAUAAUUUUGCCAGCAUUCCAAAUUCCGUUGUGGGUCUGUAUGUCGUGGACGAUGAGAGAUUUAAGUGGUUGGUCAUCAUGGGACAGUUUGACAAAUAAGCCAUUGGAUCUGAGCUUAUAUACCGAAGGGUUGUUCUGGUUUACAGACUUAACUAGUCUUGAUCCAAUGCAUAUAUUUCCUUUAGUUCUUGGUGUGGUAUCGUUAUGUAAUGUUGAAUGGACCUUUAAAACAUUGGAAUUGCUGAGGUUCACUCGAAAGCGUUUAGGAAGACCUACAUUAACAGACUCGAUGUCCAAUGUAGCAAGAAUGUCUGUUGUAUUCAUGAUGGCUAUUUCUUUGAAUGCUCCUGUUGCAUUGACUUUAUAUUGGUUAAGUUCGCAGGUUUAUUCUUUAAUUCAAAAUAUAAUCAUGGAUUUGAUGAUUCCAAUCAGUUUCACACCAAAUAAGAGAAUUAGUUACAAGACUCUGUCACAAAGUAAUAAGCCUAUAUCAGUUGUAAAUAACAGCUAA